AGGAAGAAAGAAGUGGGGUUUCAUGGAACUGAACCUGAGUUUCAGCAGGUGGAAUGGAAUAUUUCUAUCCAGUGUUUGUAUGGUAAAGCCACUAGCUGGGCCAGCCCCUGGGGCCUCUCGGACUCUAAGCGUGAGUGCUCCGUCAGGGGGCUAUGAUGGUUUGGUGGCUCUAGCUCUGGAUCAUUUCUGGGAGAGAUGGGUAAUUGUUCUUUGAGCUCCCUAGACUGGAUUGUUACUGCAUGUAAGUUCCCUACAACCCUGCCAAAGCUAUGAUGAUACUUUGUUUUAAUGUCUGUCUACCCCUCUAGACGGCAAGCUUUGGGACAGCAGGCACUCAGAAACAUGGCCCGUGCUCUAGGGGGUAGAAACUACUGCAUGGAUUGAAGGGAAUGACCACAUCAAAUAAGACACCGCCUUGGCUUGUCUCUCUGUGUCUCAUACCUCACUUUUAUUUGCUUCCUCUAGUGUCUUUUUAUUAUAGUCUUAACAACGAUCCUGCCAAAAUACUACCUGCACAUUUUGCUGAAAAGAGGCCGUUUUUGGAGAAUGUACUGGCCCUGCUCUGUCACUCAACAAUGCCAGUCCAGCCACAUUUCUGCAGGGAUCAUGUUCACUGUUGUGUAUUUUGUUCACUGUUGUAGCUCCAGUGCCUGGCAUAGUGUUUAAUAAAUAUUUAUCGAAUAGUGAAUGAAUGUAAGCAGAGGAGGCAGAAAACAGUGGGUAGGGUCUGUGAUGUCCUUUGUUGAACAGAAACUCUCUUCUUAUUUAUUUAUUUAAAAAAUUUAUUUUAUUGAAGUAUAGUUGAUAUAGGAUGUUGUGUUAAUUUCUGUACAGCAAAGUAAUUCAGUUUUGUAUCUAUAUAUAUGCAUUCUUUUUCAUAUUUUUUUCAAUUAUGGUUUAUCACGGUAUAUUGAAUAUAGUUCCCUGUGCUAUACAGUAGGACCUCUUUUAUUUAUUUAUUUAUUUAUUUAUUUAUUUGGCUGUGUCGGGUCUUAGUUGCAUCAUGCAGGAUCUUUUGUUGCGGCCAGUGGGCUCUUUGUUGCGGCGUGUGGACUUCUCUCUAGUUGUGGCACCUGGGCUCCAGAUUGCACGGGCUCAGUAGUUGCGGCACAUGGGCUUAGUUGUCCCGAGGCAUGCGGGAUCUUAGUUCUUCCACCAGGGAUCGAACCUGUGUCCCCUGCAGUAGAAGGCGGAUUCUUAACAACUGGACCUCCAGGAAAAUCCCCAGUAGGACCUUGUUGUUCAUCCAUUCUCUAUGCAACAGUUUGCGUCUGCUAAUCCCAAACUCCCAAUCCAUCCAUUCCCCCGACCACCUGCAACCACAAGUCUGUUCUCUAUGUCUGUGUGUCUGAACAGAAAUUAUUUUUUUUUUUGGAGCAGGGAAAGGUUUAUUGCAGGACCAUGCAAGGAGAUGAGUGGCUCAGGCCCAAAGAAACCCCAGGCUCCUGAACAGAGAUUCUCAAUUUUAAUGUAUUCAAAUCCAUCCAUGUUUCCCUUUAUGGUUUGUGGGUUUGGUAUUUUGUUUAAGAAGAUUCCACCUCAAGGUCACAAAGAUACUCUCCUACAUUUUCUUCUGUUAGCUUUGUAGUUUUACCGUAUGUUUUAAAGUCCUUAAUCUCUCUGGAGUUUACUUUUGUAUAUGGUAUGAGGUAGGGAUACAGCUUUUUUUUUUCUUUUUUCCUCCGUAGCAUGAGGUGGCUACGUACCCUAUCCGCUAACCUACCUUGAUCCCACUGACAUCAUCCGACCUUUAUCCUAUAUCAAGCUUCCAUAGGCACAUGGGCUGUUUCUUCACUCUCUGGUCAGUUUCCUCCUCUUGUCAGUUACUGAGCAACACCAACUGUGUGUGUGUGUGUUUGCUGUUGUUUGUUUGCUAUGGCUUUCAUGAUAUGUUUUACUCUUUGGCAGGGUGAUUCACUCAUCUUUUCUCUUCUUUUUCAAAACCAAUGUGGCUAUUCAUGUACCUCUAUACUGUCAUAUACAUUUUGGAAUAAGUUUGUCAAGUUCCUGAAAAUAUAACAUAUAUUAUUUUAGGGAGAAUUAACAUCUUUAUAAUAUUGAGUUGACCCAUCCAAACAAAUAGUUGGUCUAUUUAUACCGAAACUUCAUGUCCUUUAACAGUUUCAAUUUUUUUCCAAAAACGCUUUAUGUAAAUGUAAAGGACAUUCUUAAUUAAGUUCUGAAUACUUCAUAUAUCUUAUUACUGUUAUGAAUGAUAUUUUGUUUUCUAUAAUUCCUAGUUGAUUAAAAUUGUAAUGGAUAGCUAUUAGUAUUAAAUUUUUCCUGUAGCCAUCAAAAUCCCUGACUCUCCUAUUGGUUCGAAUAGUUUGCUUAUUGUUUCUGAUAGAUUUUCUACAUAGGUGAUCAUAUCAUCACAGGUGACAACAGGUUUACCUUUACCUUUCCUGUCUCUAUACUGCUUAUUUCUUUUUCUUAUCUUAGCACAUGGGUCAGGACCCCCAAUGUUGCAGUAGUGGCAAUCCCAUCUUAUACCCAGGUUUACAGGGAGGGAAUCAUUAAAUAUGUUAAUUAUAGGGUUGUUUUGUUUUGUUUGGCCAUGCCACAAGGCAUGUGGGGGGUCUUAGUUCCCCAACCAAGGAUUGAACCCAUGCCCCCUGCAUUGGAAGCAUGGAAUUUUAACCACUGGACCACCAGGGAAGUCCCCUAUAGGUUUGGUUUUUUAAAUUAAUUAAUCAGUUUAUUUUUGGCUGCAUUGGGUCUUUAUUGCUGUGCAUAGACUUCCUCUAGUUGCGGAGAGCAGGGGCUGCUCUUCGUUGUGGUGCAUGGGCUUCUCAUUGCGGUGGCUUCUCUUGUUGUGGAGCACAGGCACUAGGUGUGUGGGCUUCAGUAGUUGCAGCAUGCAGGCUCUGUACUUGUGGCUUGCAGGCUCUAGAGUGCAGGCUCAGUAGUUGUGGUGCACGGGCUUAGUUGCUCUGCGGCCUAUGGGAUCUUCCCAGACCAGGGCUCAAACCCGUGUCCCCUGCAUUGGCAGGCAGAUUACUUUUUUUUAAGUUUAUUUAUUUUAUUCAUUUAUCUCUGGCUGCAUUGGGUCCUGGCCACUGCACGCGGGCUCCCUCCAGUUGCGACGAGCGGGGGCUACUCUUUGCUGUGGCGCUCAGGCCUCUCAUUGUGGUGGCCUCUCCUAUUGCGGAGCACAGCCUCCAGGCGCUCAGGCUUCAGUAGUUACAGCACAUGGGCUUCAGUAGUUGUGGCCUGUGGGUUGUAGAGCGCAAACUCGGCAGUUGUGGCGCACAGGCUCAGUUGUUUCGCAGCAUGUGGGAUCUUCCCGGACCAGGGCUCGAACCCGUGUCUCCUGCAUUGGCAGGCAGACUCUCAACCACUGCGCCACCAGGGAAGCCCAGCAGGCAGAUUCUUAACCACUGCGCCACCAGGGAAGUCCCCCUACACGUUUUUAAUAUAUGGUCUUUCAACGUAGAUAAGUUGUUUCUAUUCCUAGUUUUCUGAAGUUUUAAAGAUUAAAAUUAGGCUUCCCUGGUGCCGCAGUGGUUGGGAGUCCGCCUGCCGAUGCAGGGGACACGGGUUCUUGCCCCGGUCCGGGAAGAUCCCACAUGCUGCGGCGCGGCUGGGCCCAUGAGCCAUGGCCGCUGAGCCUGCGCAUCCGGAGCCUGUGCUCCGCAAUGGGAGAGGCCACAACAGUGAGAGGCCCACGUACAGAAAGAAAAAAAAAAAAAAAAAAUCAGGCAUUGCACUCUGAGCUUUUCCUAUUUCAAAUUAUGCAAUCAUGUGCUCUUUCUCCUUUAUUCCACUAAUGUAAUUAAUAAUAGUGGUAGAUUUUCUGAUGAUAAACCAUUUGAAUCGGUAGAAAUGGUCUCAGCUGCAUGUAACAGAAUACCAGUAAUUGUAUCUUAAAACCUAAGGGCAGUAACUUCUUCUAAUUUUUUUUUAAAUUUUAUUUCUUUAUUUUGGCCGCUCAUUGUGGCUUGAGGGUUCCCAACCAGGGAUUGAACCCGGGCCCUUGGCAGUGAAAGUGCGGAGUCCUAACCACUGAACUGCCAGGGAAUUCCCAAAGGGCAGUAACUUCUUAACAAGCAGUCUGGAGAUGGACCAUCUCAGGUUGGUCCAGCAGCUUGAUGGUGUCAUCCAGUAGAAGGGGUCCAUCGUUCUAUUUUGCCAUCCUCAGCACACUGGCUUUUUGUCCUCAUGCUAGUCACCUCAUGAGUGCAAGCUGGCUACCACAUUCAAAGGCAUAAAUCUGGUGGUGAAAGGGAAAGAGCAGGAAAAGAAGCACAAAACUGCCUAACCAUAAGUGACUGUCCUUUCACCAGAAAGGUUAAAGUUUCACAGACUCCUGCUCCCCCAGCUGACUUGUCCUGGUGUCAUUAGUCAGAAACGGAUCACGGUGCUUCUGGCUGCAAGAGAGGUUUGCAUUCUGAGUGUCUGGCAGGGGAGCAGGGAAUGGCUGUGACUAAUGGUGACUUAGCCCUGGGGUCUGGGGCACACAUGCUAUUCCCAGCAAGAUGGGGUUCUGUCAGGGAGGAAGAAUGUGGAGUGGCACAUCAUCCUGGCAUUCCCAGGGCAAACUUGACUUAAUCAGUUUGGAUAAUCUCUUUUCCAAUAAACUUUGGAUUUGGUUGGCCUGUAUUUUAUAUAGGAUUUUCACAUUUAAUGUUCCUAAGUGAGUGAAGCCUAUAUUUUUAUUUUCUUGUCUAUCCUUAGCUGGAGUAAAAAUUUCAUAAAACUCGUUGGCUUGCCUUCUUUUUCUAUUUUCCAGAACAAAUAAUAUAAAAUACAGAUGAUCUGUUCCUUGAAAGUUUGGUAGAACUCAUCCAUAAAGCUACCUGGGUGUGGGUUCGCUGGGAGAAGAGAUCUCUCACCAUAUCAUCACUAGCUAUUCUUUAUCACUUCUUCGUUCUGCUUCAGUUUACUGAUAUUUCCCCCGUUUGGGGGUAUAUACAGUCAGCCCUCUGUAUCCACAGGUUCUGUGUCCAUGUAUACAGAGGGCUGACUGUAUUUAAAAUGGCCUUUUAGAAUUAUAAUACCGAGGUCUAUGCUCUAUAAGUAGUCCUCUGUUGUGCAUUUAAACAAUGUCUUACUUUAAUUUUUUAAACUAAUAACCUUUUUAAUUUUUUUUUUUUUUUGGCUACACCACGUGGCCUGUGGGAUCUUAGUUCCCCAGGCCCUUGGUGGUGAAGGCGCGGAGUCCUAAACACUGGACCGCUAGGGAAUUCCCUAAUAACCUUUUAAAAUUGAGAAAUAAUUUAUAUAUGCAGAGAAAUACACAGAUCUGAGGUGUACAGUUUCAUGAGUUUUGACAAAUGUGUCAUCCGUGUAAUCACCACCCCAUCAAGAUAGACAACAUUUUCGGGCUUCCCUGGUGGCGCAGUGGUUGGGAGUCCGCCUGCUGAUGCAGGGGACACGGGUUCAUGCCCCGGUCCGCGAAGAUCCCACAUGCCGCGGAGCGGCUGCGCCCGUGAGCAAUGGCCGCUGAGCCUGCGCGUCCGGAGCCUGUUGCUCCGCAACGGGAGAGGCCACAGCAGUGAGAGGCCCGCGUACCGCAGAAAAAAAAAAAGACAACAUUUUCAUCUAUUCCCUUGUGCCCCUUCCUAUUGGUCCUCGCAGCCAAGCAACGCUUGAUCUGGUUUGUGUGCAAAUCUUUGGCAGACAUAAGCUUUUCUCUCUCUCAGAUAAAGUCCUAGGAAUGGAAUUCCUGGGUCAGGUAGGAAAUGCAUGCUUUUAUAAAUUUAUUUAUUUUGGGCAGCUUUGGGUCUUGUUGCUGCGCACAGGCUUUCUCUAGUUGCCGCGAGUUGAGGCUACUCUUUGUUGUGGUGCACAGGCUUCUCAUUGCAGUGGCUUCUCUUGCUGUGGAGCACCGGCUCUAGGCACGUAGGUUCAGCAGUUCUGGCGCACGGGCUUAGCUGCUCCGCGGCACGUGGGAUCUUCCCCGACCAAGGCUCGAAUCCAUGUUCCCUGCAUUGGCAGGAGGAUUCUUAACCACUGCACCACCAGGGAAGUCCCGCCACUACUUUUAAUAUUAAUAGUAUAAAUACUAAGAGUGUUAAUAGUGAGAGUUUAGGAGUAUGAACCACUGGAUCUAACACACUUCAUUUAUAAUUGCCUUUUGCAUCCUCUUGGCUUGAGGAGUCCCAUUUCAUCAGGCUGUCAGGAACUGGGAGUUCUUAGUUGUUUUUCUCUGACUUUGAAUCAUUUUCUCCUGGGCCUUCAAAAUUGGCGGAAUCCCGGUGGCACAUCUACGCAUCUACGGUGGCAUCACCUCUGAAGCCAGGCCCGCGAGGUGUAGAAACUUCCCGUGAAGGUGCUCUCGGUUCCUGGCUGAUACUGAGACUUUCCUUCCUGAUUCAUUUUCUUGUCUUCUGUCCUGAAGUGAAAAGUUGAUUGGAGGGACUUCCCUGGUCGUGCAGUGGUUAGGAAUCCGCCUGCCAAUGCAGGGGACACGGGUUCGAGCCCUGGUCUGGGAAGAUCCCACAUGCCGCGGAGCAACUAAGCCCGUGCGCCACAACUACCGAGCCUGUGCUCUAGACCCCAUGAGCCACAACUACUGAAGCCCGUGUGCCACAACUACUGAAGCCUGCACGCGUAGAGCCCGUGCUCCACAACAAGAGAAGCCCGCGCACCGCAAUGAAGAGUCCCCGGCUCAAUGCAACUAGAGAAAGCCCGCGCACAGCAACGAAGACCCAAUGCAGCCAAACAUUAAUUAAUUAAUUAAUUUUUAAAAAGUUGAUUGAAGAUCUCAUUUAACAAGAUGACGAGUAUGAACUUUCUUUCCUGUACCAAGUCCCAAGGACUUUUUUCUUCUUUACCCAAGUCGGUACAGAGAGCGCUGCCCUGGGGGAGCAAACCCUUCACCCUGGGCCUCCGGGCGCCCUGGGUGUGCUCAGCGUCCCCAGCUUCUCAAGGGUCCCUCAAGGCGACAGCUGUGCUGCCUCCCUCCUCUUCCUCUCUUUCUCCCUCUCUUUCCCCUACCCCUUCAUUUCCGCCCUCCCUUUUUGAAGGUAUUUAUUAUGACUCUUUACCCUUUUCAUCUCUUUCCAAUGGAGCCAGCCACCCUUCCACUCUGGCUGCCAGUUCCCUCCGACACCAGGACCAACCACCUCCUCUCUCCCCGGGGGUUUCUCACAGUUUUAUAGCAGAGCGUCUACAUUUGAGGACAGAGCCAACAGCCCAAGUGAGUUCACCAUCUUGUCAGCUUUUUAAGGGCUUCUAUGAGCACUUUAUUAAUAAAGGAGUUGUCACUGGUUGCAGGUAUUUUCUCCCACUUUGUUAUUUGCUUGCCUUUGAUUUUUUUGACCCUACAGAAGCUUUCUGCAUUUUUUUUCUUUUUCUUUAUGGCCUCUGAUUUUGGGCUCCAGGGAAGGGAAGAAAGACCUUCUCUCCAGGAUGAUGAAUACAUCAAUCCUUGUUUCAUUCUAGGACUUUCUUGGCUUCAAUUUACAUUCAAAUAUCUGAUCCACCUGGUAGAAAAGAUGAGGGUCUGGUGGCUAUUUUGAUGAUUGGUUCUCCAGUUGUCCCAAAGCAUUUAUUUGAUUAACCUAGUUUUCAAAAAACAAAAAUUUUUUUUUGCCACACCAUGGCAUGUGGGAUCUUAGUUCCCCAACUGGGGAUCAAACCUGCACCCCCUGCAGUGGACGCAUGGAGUCUUAACCACUGGACCUCCAGGAAAAUCCCCUAGUUUUCAACAUUGGUGUAAUAUUUUAUCUUCAUUAUAGUUCAGAUUCUCAUAUACUAGAAUAAAUAUUAUUUUGUUCAUUGAUAUGAAUGAGCAGGUUUUUUUUUAAUAUAUACAUAUAGAUGGCCAAGAUAACUGCUGAAAAAACCCUCAGUUUUCUUAAUCAAGGCAUGUAAAUCAAAAUAAUGAGAGAGCAAUGUUCACCUGUUGGUUUGGCAAAAAAUUUUACGUUUGGUAAUAGGCUGUCCUGGGGAGGGUAUGAGGAAACAGGUAUCCUCAUGUUGUGUCGGUGUGAAUGUAAGUGUGUGCAUGCUUUUUGGAGAACAACAUGGGAAAAGGCAUCAGUAGUUGCUUUUUUCUAAUGCAUGAACUCUUUGCUCUAGCAAUUUCACUGCUAGAAAUUUACCCUAUGGAUAAAGGUCUGCCAAAGAUAAAUGCAUGCAUAUGGUUGCAUAGUAUGUGAUUGCAAAACCCAAAAUGGUUAGCUUCUUAAAUGUCUAUCCAUUGGGAACUGCAUAAAUUAUGUACGGUACAUGCAUGCAGUAGAACACUGCGGCGGUUAAGGAGAAUGAGGAAGACUUGUGUGUGAUGAUACAAGCCAAUCUCUACAAUACGCUGAGUGAGAAAAAGCUACAAAAUAGUAAACAUACUCUGAUGCUUCUUGUAUAUGUGAAAUAAAUAAGUAAACAUGUAUGUAUGUAUAUAUACAUACAUAUAUUCACACACAUAUGCUUGACUUUGGUCUUGGAGAAUUUGAUUUACAGGAAGCUAUUAACCUUUGGGAAGAGGAAAGUUUUUGAUUUUCACUGCUUCUUUCUGGACUCUUGCAUUUUUCUAGCGUUGGCAUGUAUUGCUUUUUUAUUGUCAGAGAGGUUUUUUCCUGGGCAUUUUUGUUCUCUUUUAUACCUGUUUUGCUUUCUUUUUUAAAUAUUUAUUUAUUUAUUUAAUUGGCUGCGCUGGGUCUUAGUUGUGGCACACGGGAUAUUUGUUGCUGCGUGUGGGAUCUUCGUUGUGGAAUGCAGGGUCUUUUUUAGUUGUGGCAUGCAGAAUCUGUAGGCAUGUGGGACCUAGUUCCCUGACCAGGGAUUGAACCCGGGCCCCCUGCAUUGGGAGCGUGGAGUCUUUACCGCUGCACCACCGGGGAAGUCCCUCAGUUUAUUUUUCUUAAAUCUUAAUAUUUUUAAGCCAAGAAAAGGGGGAUUUACUGGAAAGAUACUGAGGUACCUCAUUCAAUCAAAGGAAUCGUUGGGCAACCAGCCUGCAGGAGGAGACAAGCACACCUGGGCCUCAGGAAUUUCUGGAACCAGGGGCUGGGAUGCCGGAGGCCCUUUCUUGUCUCUACUCGUCUUUGAGUAUCAGCCACAUUCUCUCUUACUCCACGUAAAAUGCAAGGAAUGAACGUGGCUGCCUCACGCAUCUGAAUUUCACAUCUUGGAUCUCCUACAGCAGGGAGAGACUGACUUCCUGAGUUCCUGUUUAACAAAAUUCCCAGGAAGGACUUCCUUUAGUCUGGCUGGGGUCAGGUGUCCUGCCCUGGACCCAUGACUCGGGCCAGGCGGGGGAGGUGUCUCUAAGUACCUGGCAGUUCCUCUGGGGUCACAUGGUUUGAGAAGAACACUUCUCAGUAGAAGGGAGGAUGCUGGGAAGAUUACACAUUCAUUUAUUCUUACUCAUUCAUCCAGUAAACGUUUAUGGAGCCUGUUAUGUCCUGGGCUCUGUGCUAUGUGCCGUGAACACAGGAACCCAGCAAAGGCUCAGCGAUCCAAGAGCUUAGGUCCCAGUGAGGGAGACGGCCUAGAAGUCACUGCCCUGUCCUGGCUCAGCCAGACCCACCCUCCCUGUUCAUGAAAGAAAGAGGAGCCCCUCUGUUGCCUGUGGCGGGGCCUCGGCAGGCCAGCUUGGGGACGUUUCCCCUGUGAGGUGCUGAUGGCUAAGGAACCCAGCCGGCAGGCCUGGCAGCCGGGGGCAGCGCAGCUGUUCCGAGUUACCCGCCAAGAGCCGGGAGGUGAAGGAAGUGGCUUCCUGUUGAGCUGAGAUCUUUGGCUCCAGCUUGGAAGUGAAGGCGUCCCCAGAAACAGAAGUGCCAGGCAGCCCACCGAGGUUCUGUGGAAUUUUCGUUAUAACGCACAGAACCCGGGCCUAGAUCAGGUGCUUGACUCCACCAGAGUCGGCGUCUCAGGCCCUCAGGCAAUGGUCAUCCUGAGCAAACACGGGAAAGGUGCUGGCUCAGCUCUGGGCCCAGCACUGGCAGGAAGGGACAACUGUGGGGUGGGGGAGGGGCGGGGGUAGGUCAGAGCCCCUCCUGGAGACUCCCCAGAUUUUCUGAUGUGCUGACUCUGCAAGAAAUGCCCACAGGAGUCACUGGUCUGAGCAAGACCUCCACCCACGAGUUACAGACCUGGCCGAGGACUGCAGCAAAGCGCUCUCCUGUAGAGCGUGAUAGAUGCCUGGGGCCAGCGACCCAAGCUGCAGUACCUGGGUUUGGGCAUCAGGGACGAGGAUUUCUACUCACUGUACCUCCACCCCAGACUACUCUGACACGCAGGUUGUUGGUCCAAGUGUGGUUUUCUCCCAUUAUCGUAUCUUAUAUGAUGUGAUGUGUGUGUGUGUGUGUGUGUGUGUGUGUGUGUGUGAUGUAUCGUUUAUACAUGAUGUAGUGUUGGUGAUUAAACUGAGGAUUUAGCCCGUAGUUUGGGGAAUGGACAGAAAUCACACCUGGAGGAGACUGUAUGUAAAUCUGACGACACUGGACUCGGAGGUUGAGAGCUUUUCUGAAGGGCCCCUGCCACCAUCACUUUUGGCAGCAAGAUAUCACGUAUCAUUCCUGCCGGGAAGGAUAUAGUGCAUCUUCAGUUGUGGCAGUGAGAAUGGAAUCAUGACAGGGUGUUUGGGGAGCUAAACGUGUAGGAGGCGGGCUGGGUUGGUAAGGGAUGGAAGGCACUGGUCAAGUGGCCACAUACACCACCCUCGGUAAACGGGGUGUCUUAGGCCCACCCCAGCACCCUUCCAUGCCUGCACCUGAAGCCUCAUGGCGUUGGGCAGCAAAGGCUGAAUUGGCUGCACCUGAAGAGAAAAGCCGAGGUCAAUUUGUGGCCAAAACCUUAGAUGAAAUGAUGCAGAAGCCACGAGAAAGCGGAGACCACACAGUAGAAAGAGGAUAUACAAAGUAGAGAGAAAAGGCAGGUGUGAGAGGAGCCCAGAGCAGACAGAGCAGAGGCAGGACUGGUGGGUCCCCAGGGCUGCCUUGGUCUCUGACAUUGGUCCAUGUUGUCCCAGUCCAUGUGGAAACCUACAGGAAACCUAGCUGGUGGAUCUGACUCUUGCAAUGCAAAGAAGCUAAGUGACACGGGACCCUACCUACAGCCUCCGUGGUUUCUGCUUUUCACCCUGUGAGGUCUCUCCCUCCUCCUUGGGGCCAUGGCUUAUUCAUCUGUUUAAUCAGAGCAUCUGGCCCUGUGCAGGGAACGUUGUAAGUGCCUAUUAAUGUUUAAAUACAUAUCUGUACUUAUCACAACAAGCCUUGGCCCAGCCCUCACCGAGAGGCUGUGGAAUAAGCAGCAGCACAGAUUUUAGAUUCAGUACCCAUAUCAGCCAUGUGCAGGGAGGUGAGCUGGGCCAAGGAGAUUCUUUCUGGGCGUCUGAAGUGGAAAACAAGUAAUGAAAAGGCAGUUAACAGUGGGAGCCAAGGCUUCAAGGACAUGUGGCGAAAUGGACAAGCUGUGUGGACAUUCAGUGUUCUUGCUUGUAACAGGGGGGUGGUUAUGAAGGAGCUCAGAAGUAGAAGAAGGAGAUCCCAGAAUGGUGGACCUGAAAGUGUUUUGCGACCUGUGAAACGAACACAGGUAUCCGUGAUCAGUAAAGCUGAUUACAGGGAGCUCUCCGGUGGUCUAGUGGUUAGGAUUCCAGGCUUUCACUGCCGUUGGCGAACUGAGAUCUCACAAGCCGCGAGGCAUGGCCAGAAAAAGAAAAAAAGAAAGAAAGAAAGAAAAAAAAGCUGAUUAUAAUUCUCAUGCAUUUUUUUGUUUUUGUUUCUUGUUUUUGUUUUUUCAGUGUAAAUAUCAGGUAUAAUCUCUAUGCUUUCUUUUUUUAAAAAUUUUUAUCAGAGUAUAGUUGAUUUACAAUGUUGUUAGUUUCAGGUGUACAGCAAAGUGAAUCAGUUAUACCUAUACAUGUAUCCACUCUUUUUAAGAUUCUUUUCCCAUAUAGGUCAUUACAGAGUACUGAGUAGAGUUCCCUGCGCUAUACAGUAGGUGCUUAUUAGUAAGUCUCAUGCAUUGUUGCCAAUCUACUUGUGUGACUGUAAUAGGGAGAAGAAACUUUGUAUUCUCUUACAAGUUAGUCACUAAAGGAAUGUUGCCUAUAAACUUAAAUUAUACAUAAUGGCCCAUCUCUGGGAACCCUGCCUCCCAGGUAAUGAGCAUUAAGCUAAAAUACCUUUGUUUAGCUCACGGGAAACAUCCUGACAGGGUCCACCUAUAAGUGGCUGCAGGAAGGAAGAAAUUUUUUGUUUUCUUGGCUGUGUGUUGGGUCUUCGUUGCUGCACACGGGCUUUCCCCAGUUGCAGCGAGCGGGGACUACUCUUCGUUGCGGUGCACGGGCCUCUCACGGCGGUGGCUUCUCUUGUUGCGGAGCACGGGCUCCAGGUGCGUGGGCUUCAGCAGUUGUGACCCACAGGCUUAGCUGCUCCGCGGCAUGUUGGAUCUUCCCCGACCAGAGCUUGAACCCGUGUGCCCUGCAUUGGCAGGUGGACUCCCAACCACUGCACCACCAAGGAAGUCCAGGGGGGAGGAAAUGAACAUAUCCCCUCCAGAGUCUGGCAGGAACCAGGACUACCUCCUCACCUUUUAGCAUAAAAGAAGCCUGAAUUCUGACUCAGGGAAGAUAGUUCAUUGAGACACUAGUCCACCAUCUUCUUGGUCUACUGGCUUUCCAAAUAAAGUUGCUAUUCCUUGCCCCAACGAUUUGUCACUUGAUUUAUUGGCCUGUCAUGAGGUGAGCAGGAGGCGCUUGGACUCAGUAACGUGACCUUGGACCUGACCUGGAGUCCUCUUUCAUACAUUCUGGACGAAGGUAACUGCUUUGCUGGAUCGGUGUGAGGAAGCAGUGUGUAAGGCAGAAAAAGUGCUUCCUACCCCGUAAGGAAACAUGGGGAGUUUCUUAAAUAAAGCAGAUUCCUGGCACCCCAUCUCUGCCAUCUUACUAAAUUGGGAUUCUUUGGGGAUGGAGCCUAGGAAACUGAAUUUUAAAUAAGCAUUUCCAGUGACUGACUAGGGUGGUCCAAGGAGACUUAGGAAAGACUGAAAGGUGUGUGUGUGUGUGUUUGGGGUGGGGAAGACUACUUUCAUAUGUGGCCACAAGGUGGCAGCAGAGAGAUGAGAAAAAUGUCUCCGGUGAGUGCUCCGCCCCCCCCCCGCCCCCGCCCCCGACCGGCUGAGAGUGGGCAGACAUGGGGAUGGGUUGCAGGAGAAGGUGGGCCCUGUACUGUGGCACCCUCUCCUUUGCCAGGUGGAGUUUGUUACUGCAGACUAACCCCCUGUGACCACCUGUCUCAUUACCAGAUUUUAUGGACGCUCUGCUUUUGCCAAACUCUGCCGGCAGAAACUGCAUUAGCGUGACCUUGGCUGGGCUGUGGGUGGUGGUGAGUAUGGACGGCAAGCGAUGUCACCUGCACAGGGCAGCUGACUCAAAGGACACCAGUGCAUUACUGGAAAGCGGGGCCCUCCACCCCCACUGCCAGGCUUGUGGUUCCAGGUGUUUCUUAAAAGACCUGUCCACCUGCAUCAGUCCUGUUUCAGUCAUGAGGGGAUUGGGUCUGUGGCUGGGGAGCUGGCUGAAGCCCAGGCAAAGGCUGCUGGGAUGGGGUGAGGGCAGGGAACUCAGGAUGGGGCAGCUGCCUCUGGAAGAAGCCAGGAUGUCCCUGGCUGCCGCCGUAGGGGUAGUAAGAGGAUUAGGUGUCAGUCCCUAACCCAGCCCGGAACUAACACCCUCCUCCACUAACAGCCCCUUCCCCCUCACUCACAGCACCCUGGCCUGCCCCCGUCGGAGCUUGCCAAACUCAGAAUAACCCCGGGGACCAGACGGUGGGAUGGCAGGGGCUCUGCUCAGUGCCCUGCUCCUCUUACAGCUGCUGGGCAGAGGUGAAGGGAAGAACGAGGAGCUGCGUCUUUACCACCACCUCUUCGACAACUAUGACCCAGGACGCCGACCAGUGCAGAAGCCUGAGGACACUGUCACCAUCACCCUCAAAGUCACCCUGACCAACCUCAUCUCACUGAAUGAGAAAGAGGAGACCCUCACCACCAGCGUCUGGAUUGGAAUCGACUGGCAUGAUUACCGACUCAACUACAGCAAGGGCGAUUUUGGGGGCAUAGAAACCCUGCGGGUCCCUUCAGAACUCGUAUGGCUGCCAGAGAUUGUGCUGGAAAACAAUAUCGACGGCCAGUUCGGUGUGGCCUAUGAAGCCAACGUGCUGGUCUCGGAGGGCGGCUACGUGAGCUGGCUGCCCCCGGCCAUCUACCGAAGUAUCUGCGCCGUGGAGGUCACCUACUUCCCUUUCGACUGGCAGAACUGCUCUCUUGUUUUCCGCUCGCAGACGUACAAUGCAGAAGAGGUGGAGCUCGUCUUUGCUGUGGACGACGAUGGCGACGCCAUCAGCAACAUAGAUAUCGACACUGAGGCCUAUACUGAGAACGGGGAGUGGGCCAUCGACUUCUGCCCCGGGGUGAUCCGCCGCCACGACGGUGGCUCUAAUGAUGGUCCAGGGGACACUGAAGUCAUCUACACGCUCAUCAUUCGCCGGAAGCCGCUCUUCUACGUUAUUAACAUCAUCGUGCCUUGCGUGCUCAUCUCGGGCCUAGUACUGCUCGCCUAUUUCCUGCCGGCACAGGGUAUGGAGUCGCCCAGACCCCAAACCCGGGCUCCCUCCUGGGGGGGCGGGGCCUGCUCUCACCAGGUACUCCCUCCAGCCGGCGGCCAGAAAUGCACCGUCUCCAUCAACGUCCUGCUCGCCCAGACCGUCUUCUUGUUCCUAAUUGCCCAGAAAACCCCAGAGACAUCUCUGAGCGUGCCGCUGCUGGGCAGGUACCUCAUUUUCGUCAUGGUGGUUGCCACGCUCAUUGUCAUGAAUUGCGUCAUCGUGCUCAACGUGUCUUGUCGGACGCCCGCCACUCACGCCAUGUCCCCGCGGCUGCGCCACGUCUUACUGGAGCUGCUGCCCCAACUCCUGGGCUCGCGCGCACCCCCCGAGGUCUCCCGGGCCGCCUCGCCCCCAAGGCGGGCGUCGUCCUUGGGCCUACUGCUCCGCGCGGAGGAGCUGAUACUGAAAAAGCCGCGGAGCGAGCUCAUGUUUGAGGGGCAGAGGCACCGGCACAGAACCUGGACUGCUGCCCUCUGCCAGAGCCUGGGCGCCGCCGCCCCCGAGAUCCGCUGCUGUGUGGAUGCCGUGAACUUCGUGGCCGAGAGCACGCGAGACCAGGAGGCCACCGGCGAGGAGGUGUCCGACUGGGUGCGCAUGGGGAAGGCCCUCGACAACAUCUGCUUCUGGGCCGCUCUGGUGCUCUUCCUUGUUGGCUCCAGCCUCAUCUUCCUCGGGGCCUACUUCAACCAAGUGCCCGAACUGCCCUACCCGCCCUGUAUGUAGCUGUGAGCCUGCAGCCACGGUGACAAACGUUCCCACCCAUCUCCAGGAGGAAAUCUGAAAAACAAGUUGCUGCCACUGCUUUAUUACGAUCCUUUCGUACUGCCAACGAUAAAUCUGUAUUCAGCCUCGC